UUGCCGCAGCGGCGGUGGCGGCAGUUCGGCUUCUUUGCUUCAAAGCAGAGCGCGGUGGGAGCAGCAGCGGCGACGCAGUUCCUCAGGCUCAGAAUUGGGAGGUCGGGGCUCGUUCGGACGAAGCUCUAGACCCGGGAACGAGGCGACCUCCGAGAGAGACGAACUCAGUCGGAUUUGUGCAGCUCGCGCGGCUUCCAGUCAUGAGAGGUGGUGGCAAUACAAAUUGGAUAAUGGUGAUGGCUUCAGCACUGACCAUGUUUUGCGCCAAUGCAAAGAACACAGAAGAGCACGGCUUACCUGGAGAGAAACACAAAGCCAAUCCAAGUCCAGAAGAAGAACUGGGUGUCUGCCAGAUUUAUGCAGAAAAUGCCUGUUGCUCACCAGAAGUUGCCCAGGAACUUUCCAAAGCCCAUGCUGGAUCUUGGAAUGGCUGUGGAAGCCUCAGCAAUAGUUGUGAAGCGUACUUUCGGCAACUGGAUUGUUUUUACCACUGCUCCCCCAUUGCUGCUGAAUGGACUCAUCCUCGACAACUCAUAGCCUUGAUGGCUGUGCCUCUCUGCCAGAGUUUCUGUGACCAAUGGUACAAUGCUUGCAGAGAGGAUCUGACCUGCCCUGGCAACUGGCCCGGGGGAGCUGAUGAACAUAACUGCAGUCAGGAAUGUCAGUCCUUUGGCCAGAUGUAUAAGGAUGGCAAGGAGCUGUGUGAGAACAUCUGGGACGAUGCUUUCAUAGUAAGCACCGACCUUUGCCAAUGCCUGAUGCUGGAUGCCUCUGACACAGCCUUCUCCACCUCUUAUUCUCACCUCAAAGACAGCAACAGCCUAAAAAAGGUAGGCAUCAACAAGGCACGCAAAGAAAGAAAAGAUCGUGUGAGCCCUUGCAGGGGCAAUCUUUUACUUCAGCAUCUGAGAAGGAAUCUGCAGAAACGUUCUAUUUUCGUGGAAGACAUGGAGGGAAGUGGAAGUGGAUUCUAAUCCAAGGCAACCAUCCUCCAGAAGAAAAAAAGCCCCCUCUCCAGUGAUUGCCUGGGGCUUGGGGGGAUCGCUUGUGAUCUAUGCAAUUCUGUUACAUCCCAUACUAUCAGCUUCCUGCCAUCUUCUACAACUGUAUGCAUCUCAUGGCGUAGUAGACUGUGAAUCUGGCACCUUCUAGGACUCUGAGCCCUAUGCCCUAGCAUUAGACCAUUAGGGCACCUCUUAGGAACUUGCCUAGAACCAAGUUUUCCCCAAAUACUCAGAGUAGAAAUGGAAUUAGAGAACAAUAAGCAUUUCCCUCUCCAUAUUCUUCAUGUUCUAAGAGCUGGCUCAAGGAAGAGUCAUCAUAGAACGCAAAAGGCCAUUCAAGAGCAUUAGCUGAAGGGAAAGCAGCCUUCAUAGGCAUUAGCUGAAGGAAAAUAUCUGCAAGGGAGAGAACAAACAAGUGGCAGGAGGUGGUGGUUGCUGAGUGAAAUAAUCAGUGCUGGAAAGGUUAGCCUCAGUUGUUGCCAUGGCUUCAAAUACAAUUGUAAGUAGGACUCAAGUAAAAUGGAAGGAUCUUCCUGAGCUCAAAAAGAAAAGGGGAAAUAGGGGAAGUUAGAUUUGAGACCAGUAUGGCUGACUUUCCUGUUGCAUUUGUGUGCUAGAAAGCAAUAGUUACUGAGGGACCAGCAUUGCUAGGUUACUUAAACUGGAUUACAUCCAAAAUUAAAUUUAUUUUUCAAAGCAACCCAAUCUGAGAGGGCUGGACAGACAGAGAGAGGUUGCAAAAGAGCAAGAUUAUGUAAUAAACAAUCCCUAUGUCAAGGAAAAGGUUUCAAACACUUGGAUAAUGUACAUAGCAUCUAAACCGAAGUUAUAUGCCAGUCAGAAACACAUCUAAUCAAUGGUGGCAGUGAGACUCCAAGAGUUGUUGUGCUUUUGCCCCUCACAUCUUUAAGUAGUGCUCCUUGAGCUUCAUCCACCAACUAUUCUCUCCACUCUAAACACUAUACAAAUCUCCCUUAUAAUAUUGUACACCCAAAACAGACCCAUCUCUGUCUGUCCAUCCAUCCUCAUUUAUCAGCUGCAUUUCACAUUCCUGUUUACCUUGGUUACGCUUACCGCAAAUUUCAUAUUAUGGAUUGAUUCAAACCUGAUAAUAUUAUGGGGAAAUUAAAAAAAAAUGGAGUGCG